GCCUCCCGCGAGGUGCGGCCGCGCUACAUAAACACGGCCUCGCCGCCACCGCCGGGGCUCUCCGCUCGCAGUCCGACGGAGGCGCCUGGCCGGCAGCGGAGCGGCUGCGAGGAGCGGAGCGGCUGCGAGGAGCGGAGCGGAGCGGCAGCGGCCGCGCAGGCUCCGGGAACAGACGGGGCGGGAGGCUUCGGCGGGCAGCGGCGGAGGGCUGCGCGCUCCCCCGCGGGCGGCGGCGGCCCCGCCGGAGCCCAGGCGGCCGAAGGAGGAGGAGGAAGGGCGGCGGCUCCCCGCCGGCGGCGGGUUCCCUCCGGUAUGGCCCUGGCGGACAGCGCCCGCGGGCUGCCCAACGGCGGCGGCGUCUCGCCGGCGGCAGGCAGCGGCGCGGCGGGGAGCGGGGCGGCGGCGGCGGCGGGCGGCUGGUCGUCCUUCCCGGAGAUCGUGGAGCUGAACGUGGGCGGGCAGGUGUAUGUGACGCGGCGCUGCACCGUGGUCUCAGUGCGCGACUCUCUGCUCUGGCGCAUGUUCUCGCAGCAGCAGCCCAGCGAGCUGCCCCGGGACAGCAAGGGCCGCUUCUUCCUCGAUCGCGACGGCUUCCUCUUCCGCUACAUCCUGGACUAUCUGCGGGACCUGCAGCUGGUGCUGCCCGAGCACUUCCCCGAGCGCAGCCGCCUGCAGCGGGAGGCCGAGUACUUCCAGCUGCCCGACCUGGCUCGCCGCCUGGCCCAGGCUCGGGUCGCCGCCACCGCUCGCCCGGUCGCCCUGCACCGCGACGGCUCGGUCUGCGCCGACGAGCCGCCACCGCCGCUCCUCGGCUACCUGGAGGCCGAGCCGCUGGAAGGAAGCGGUGGGGGAGCCGCGGCGUCCGCCCCGUCGCCCACCGCCAGCCGCAGCCCCUCGGGCGGGCCGCUGCUCACGCCAUCGCAGUCGCUGGACGGGGCGGGCGGGCGACGCUCGGGCUACAUCACCAUCGGCUACCGGGGCUCCUACACCAUCGGGCGGGAGGCACAGGCCGAUGCCAAGUUCCGGCGGGUGGCCCGCAUCACUGUCUGCGGCAAGACGGCGCUGGCCAAGGAGGUCUUCGGGGAGACACUGAAUGAGAGCCGCGACCCCGACCGCCCUCCCGAGCGCUACACCGCCCGCUACUACCUCAAGUUCAACUUUCUCGAGCAAGCCUUCGACCGGCUCUCCGAGGCUGGCUUUCGCAUGGCUGCCUGCUCCUCCACUGGCACCUGCGCCUUUGGCCCCGAGCAGGGCGGUCCUGCCGAUGACAAGAUCUGGACCAGCUACACCGAGUAUGUCUUCUGCCGGGACUGAGCAGCCGCAUAGGGAUAAGGUGGUGGCCCCUGCACACCCUCGCAUCCACGGUCCCCUCCUGGCCUGGAGGAGGGAGGACGUGGAGGGUUUCCCUGUCCCUUUGCGCUCUCCUCACCCCGGUGCCUGCCUCCCUGCACAAGGCAGGUCAGCCCCCAGUGCAGCCCCCUCUCUCCUCAUGCACGCACCUCCUGAUGGCCCCAGGGACGGGAGGUCACUGUGUCAUGCCUCGACUGCCAUAUCCCUGCUUGGCCACCAUGUCCCUGCUCAGCCAUUGUAUCCCGGCUGGUACCCUCAUCCCCCCUCCCAUGCAUCCCAGUAGCUGUGUCAGUAGCGAGGAAGGAGAGAGGUAGCGUGAGUAGACAAAUACUUGCCCCAGAAAGGUGUUGGGUGUGUGCCCAGCCCCUGCCCCUCUCCAUACAUGAGCCAAGGGAUGGCUCUGUCAGGGUGGGGUGUUUUAAAAACCACCUCUUUAGGGGCUGAGGAACUUUUCAGUUGCUUUUUAGCGACUUCUGUUGAAAAUGGUGUGACAAAUGACUGUCUUUUCUCAUCCCCAUACCCUUAACUGAGAUUUCACCUUGUUGGGUGGAUCCAUAACGGUCUGUUUUAUCCUCCCACCCUGUCAAAGUGAUGUCUGCCUAUGAAGGAAUGUCACACACAGAAGUGAUGACUGACUGUGAAGGGCUGGCACUCUGGCUCAUACUUCAUCUGUAGAGAUGAGUAAUUUUCCAGGAGGCGUGUGUGUGGCCCGUCAUGACGGGUUGCAUCCACCUCCCCUCUCUGCCACCUAUCUGUCUGAGCUCCCCUCUCCAAGCUCCUAAACUGGACCAGGACCUGCACAGCAGGCAUGUAAGGCUGAUGUGAAAGGACAGAUUUGCUGGAUAACCAACCACCUAAACUACAAAAUGUCCUCAGAGACAUGUGUGCACUCCCUUGAGAGGUAAAGCGACAAAGCUUUGAAAAAUUAAAAUGCUUGUGAAUUGUAAAUUUCAUGGGUGGUGUAAAGUCCUUAUAAUACUCAUGAUGUUAUUGUCUAUAAUAUGCAUAGAAAUUUCAGUGCGUAUUUCCUUGAACACCCUCAAAAUUAUGGGGGUGAGAUGAAGCCAGACUUGCCAGAGUGACUGUAGGGCCUGCUUCCUGGGAAGGUGACAUCAUGUAUGUUGAGUUAAUGCAGAUGUACAUUAUAAGCGUAAUCAAGAGCACCCUGCUUAUUACUUUAUGUUUUGUCAUGUUAGUGCUGUAAAGCUUCGAAGCCAACAGAAUUGAUUCCGAAACCCCUUUUUUUAAGAACCAGUUUCUUAGUGUUCACGGCAGUACUACCAGGGCAGUGACACUGCUGAGACUUAAGUAUCACUUCCUAGACAAACUUAGUGCUUCUAACAAAGGGUUAAGCCCCAUCCUUACAAAAACAAGAAUGUUGCCAACUUUUUUUUUCAGGGGAAAUUACCCCUUAUAAGCUGUAUUUGGCUUGUGUUAUCUAACAGUCUUUCUUUCCCAGAGGAGGCAGCAGUAGCUUGCUUUGGAACAUUAUGAGCAGGUUUUACAUCAGGAAGAUCGAGCAGCUCUUUCUAAUAAAUUUGUGAAGAUUGGGGUACAAAAGCCCUUUCCUUUAAAACCUGAACUUGACUUAAAAACCUGUAUUGUCUAUUCAGACAUUCACUAAAAAAUAUUGGAAAUGUGUCCAAAGUGUUGAAGAAUUUAGCAGUACACAUCACAGGCUAGAAGUUACAUUUUAAAAGCUCUUGAAUAAUACAUUGUUCUAACUCCAAAUUUAGAAGUACUGCUAGCACUUGUAUUCUAACCAAAGAGUUUCACAGUAGGGUUUUAUUUUUAAAACCUUAAUUCUUUUGAAAACAGCUGUAGCUACAUACAUAUUGAGCUUAGUGCUUGGUCUCUGUGUUCACCACUUGGUCUGUCAUUAAGUGCAUGCACAAUUGCAUAAAACUGAAAAUAAUUUGCAUUGCCAUGAGUGUUUUUAUAUUAGCAAGAUUGUUUAUUGACAUGAUUAAAUUGAAAAUGCACAUACAAAAGUGCUGGGUAUUGUCUAGUUGUAGAUAGUUGUAUAAUGGAGUAUUUUUAAAAGGAGAAAGAUGUAUACCUGCCAAAUUAGAUGAGCAAUAAGACAGAGUGAAAGGAUAGUACACCUGAAGACGGAACAAAACCCGUUUGUCCUAUGCCUUACUCUGAGAUUAUUUCUUUGUGCUUAACUUAUUUAUACCACAAGUGAAGGGACAUUGAUCACAGCUACUAGGUCUUUACGAUGUCAUUCUCAAUAAUAAUGACUGUCUUUUUCUAGUUUAUGUUAAGUAAUUCUGAAGUAUGUUUUUUAAGAUUUUGUAUAAAAUCAGUUUUCAGUAAAGUGUUCAGAUUCGCUCUAGAUGGCUUUCUUUUUUUUAAGAAUCUGGUAGCCUACUAAAUCCAUCAUAGGAGCUACGAAUAGGGGCAGUUUUAAAUUGAACUUGUGAUUUAAUGUAUAUAUACAUACAGUAUAUGAACAUUUUACAUGAAUCAUUUAGUUUUUUAAUCAUUUUAGUGCUGCGGAAUUUCAUAAUAAAUCUAGCUGCGCAUUUACAUAUUACUGUAUGUAGAUAGUAUGGUAAUGUUUUACUGGUUUCCUAUACCUGUUUCUAUGGAAAACCGAAUACGAACAUCAGCUUGUAGAACUGAAAUCGAUUACAUAUUUGGUUGAAUGUGAAUCAUAACUAAACUUCCAGGUGGUUGAAUGCAUCUUUAAAACAAAGAUUGCCUGUAUUUUGAUCAGUGACUGCCUAUCUGUUUGCUGGCAGACGACCCAGAAAUUCUCAUAAUUUUAAGUGAAACAUGGGUGUAAUAAAAACAGAAACUGAUGAUUUUUUAAUCUUUGUGUUUGUGCUAAAAACUCUAAGCGCUAUUAGCAUUAGGAAACGGGGCCUUUCAUUUACUAAUAACUCAUUUAAUCCAGGCUUAAUAUGAUAGUGCCGUAAAUGUAAUAGUAAUUUGAUGGUUUGCCACGCAAGACAAUAUUCUUCUUAAACAUUACUCAGUAAUUUCAGUAAAAUUUUUAAAAGGUAAAAUGCCCAAGGCAAAGUCCUUGAGUUUUGCUGGUCUCCUCUGUUGAGAGCUCAAAGAACAGAUAAACACAAUGACUCCUCUAACCUGUUGAUGUGCAGAAGGACAAAAAUGUAAAGGCACAAUACUGGAGUCCUGUAUCCAUUUUGUAGCUGUUGUUGUUCAUGGUUCAUGUACUUAUGGAUGAAUGCAGUAGCAUUUACAAGUGCUAUUAAAAAAACAAAGGCAGUCUUUCUUUUCGUUAGAAGUUAAGGCACAGGUCUUUGCAGAUGUUUGAUAGGAUGUUUAUAUUUUUAUACAUGUAGAUAAUGAGCCACUUAUUCAUUCUUACUUUCACAUGUAUAGCAUUGAAAAUAAAGAUCCUCCUAGGAAAAUGUUGCAUACCAAAUUAAAUUCUUGUUCUUUAAAUAUUAA